AUGGGGCCGAAGAAGGGUUUCCAGCUCCUGGAGAUAAACGUGAUAUCCGCCCAAGAUCUGGAGCCCGUGUCUAAGAAGAUGCGGACAUACGCAACGGCCUGGAUGAACCCGGGCCGUAAGCUCUCGUCCUGCGUGGACACGGAAGGGAAGAAUAAUCCUACGUGGAAUGACAAAUUUGUGUUUAAGGUUGACGAGGAGUUCCUGAGGCAGGACACGUCAGCGGUGAUGAUCGAGAUCUAUGCCGUCCACUGGCUGAGGGACGUGUUGGUGGGCACCGUGCGCGUGCUCGUCGGGAACCUCAUUCCCCCGCCCACCCGCUCGCACAACCACAAUUACACCGGGAUGCAAAAGGCGAAAAUUCAAUUCUCAUCCUCUUCUAAAUCUCUGUUUCCCACCCUAAAAGUUAAGAAUGGGCUUAUUUCUUGUCAUGUACGCCGGCCGUCAGGGCGGCCACAGGGCAUCCUCAACAUCGGAGUGGCGCUUCUCGGUUCCUCCAUGAAGAGCAUGGCCCUCUACCGACAGCUCAGCAUGUCGGCAGUAGGGUUUCGAGACCUGAUGGAGGACCCCAUCAGCAUCCAGAACCUCCAAGAAAGCAACAUUGCCACCACCACCAGCAACAACAACAACAACAACAACGUAAAGCCCAUCUUGCUUCGGUCGAAGAGCGAACGAAGCGCCCUCGACCACCUCUCGACCAACGGCUCCUCAAUCCUCAAUCCCAAAGCCAAGGACACCUCAAUCCUCAGCAUCACCGACGGCUACAACCCUUUCUCCAAAUCCAAAGUCGGCAAAGCCAGCUCAGUCAUCAGCGUCCCCAACCCUCCACAAGUCCCCACUAAAAACACCAAAUCCGGCUCAGUGCUCAGCGACUCCAUCCUCAGCAAGGAAUCCUCUGGAUUCCGCCGCAUGGCCGCCGACAAGACAGUCGACGAGAAAUCACUGGUUAAAAAACCGAGCCCCAACAAGGAGAAGCUCUCGUUGGCCAUGCCCAAAUACAACAACAACUACGUGGGGGGCAAGAAGGGGAACUCGGUUUGGUCCGACUCGGAGGUGGGGCCAUCGCCGUCUGAGGUGGCGGCAGCUAUGAUGAUGGCGGAGCGCAAGUACCCGCUCGACGACAAGCAGAGCUCGGUGCUCGACGGGUGGAGCGUGGACGAGAGCGUCGAGGGGCUGAGGUCGAAACUCGAGCGCUGGAGAAUGGACCUUCCGCCGCUCUACGACAGGGCAGCCACUGGUGGAGGUUACUCCACGAGCAGCUACAAGUCGUCUGGAAGGCACACGCGCAGGCAUAGUGAUGGCUCCACUGGUCUUUUCUCUUGCUUUGGGAACAUAUUUGGGUACGAGUGUCAGUGCAUUUGUGGGAAGCCGCCGGGGAGGAGGAGCCGUAGCGCAAGGUUUCAGAGCCCGUCCACGCUCACGCCCGGACGCUCCUUUAUUUAA